AUGGCGGUCGAAGUACGCCUUCGCGGCAUGAUACCUGUAUUUCCUGACAUCAUGGUUGACUAUGAGGUAGACACGAAUACAACAGAGUGCAUGUGUUCGGACCUUCAGACGGAAGACUAUUCUCCACUGUAUGCUAAGUGCAAUCUAGCCUUGAUCAUCUUCGCCUUGCCUCCGCUCUCGUUUUUCGGAGUUUGCACUAACGUCGCCAACGUAUACGUGUACUCGCGGAAGAGGAUGCAAAACUCGGCCAACACCUACCUUCUCUUCCUUGCCUGCAGUGAUUUUCUGGUCAUUCUCACGGGUCUCUUCAUAUUUUGGAUCGAUUCUGCUCGGUCAUAUAUUCCCGAAUUGGCGCGAGCACCGUACACAACGGUGUACACGCUGCCCUUCGGAUACAUGGCUCAAACAUGCAGCAUUUACUUUACCGUGGCGGCCGCAUUCGACUGCUACAUCAAUGUGUGCUGGAAAUCACAUUCUAAAAAUUACUGUACUAUACGUCGGGCGAAACAAAUAUGUUCGUCUAUCGUCGUGGUGUCGAUCAUGUACAAUUCGCUGAGAUUUCCGCAGUUCAAUCUGCGAAAGUGUUUUCAUGAAGCGAGCGGGGAUCAAAUAAUCGAGAUUUGCCCGACAUCGCUGUUUUUUACAAUAAAUAUGGUCUACAAUGUAUACAUGUACAUGGUGCUCAUGACUUUGUUGCCUUUCCUAUUUCUUCUUUGCCUUAACGCAAUCAUUGUCUUCCGUCAAAGCCUUGAAUCCGGCAAGCAGAAGGAAGUGGUAGAUUCGUCUGACAACCUUCUAAAGCCGAGAAGUAACCCGUCUGGCGGAGGAGAUGAUACAAUUACAAUGAUUAUGGUCGUCAUUUUGUUUUUGGCUUGUAACACACUGGCUCUCAUCGUAAAUGUGAUCGAAACGUUCUUCGAACCAGAUCCGAUCCUGCUCAAUCUCCUAUCAGACGCUAGUAAUUUUCUUGUGGUUUUCAAUUCUUCCGUCAAUUGUGUGAUCUACUUUGUCUUCAACAACGAAUACCGUGAAAUUUUCCUGGCCAAAUUUUACAAGAAACUGGACUCGAUGCCGGGAUGGCUUUGUUGCUGUUUACGAUGUUGCAUAACUCGUCAACAUCACCAGAACCUCAUGUACAACCCUGUUCCACUUCAGAAAAAUAGAGAUCAAAGGCAGUCAUUACGUUAUGUGGUAGCAGAAGCGAACGCAGAUAACGUUACGACUACAAGGGUCCCUUCUUCACCUGUCUGGCAGCCUCUUACACAUCGCCAUCUUCCGAACAUGGAGUGGCCUACUGGUUGUUUUGAUCCCACGACGACUCAUCUAUCACUGAUGGAUGAGGACGGUGACAGUGGAUGGGACGAUGGCAGUCAGGUGUCUCAACGUCAGUACACGACGAGGUGGUUGGCCGAGGUCAACAUCGUGGAUGUACAAAUCGAUGGACAAAGGCCGCAUAUUGUCGUGAAGCCUAUAGGGAAUCUGCUUGAUAGAGAUGGGAUUUCGAUCACAGCACUUUGA